AUGAUGGAGGAGGGGAGGGCGGUAGCCGCGGAUGGCAUCCGGAAGAGGAAAUCAGGAGCCUCCCUUUGUUUGCACACAGCAUGUGCAGCGCGCCUUGCUGUCCUCUUCAUUGCAACAAACAUGGCGCCAGUCACAGCACUCGAUGGGGGUGUGCCCAGGCCACAGUUCUCAUUUCAUUGGCCUGAUGAGCCUGAGCACUCCACCUGCUGCCCCAACAUCCAAAUGCCUGGGAACAUGAGUGCUGGACUGCAGUUACCAUCCUUGGUUGGCAUCGGAGUGGAGAAGUGUGGGUCCACGUACCUUGCAAGUCUGCUAAAAAUGCACCCUGAGCUGCAAAUAGCCCGAAGGAAAGAGGUGCACUUUCUUGACAACAGCUUUCCUGAGGUUCAACUGCCCUCCGUCUUCAGCGCUUACCUCAAAAUGUGGAAUGCAAACAAACACAAGGCGCAAGGCAGCAGGGGACUCAGAGGAUAUGAUGAAGAAAUGGGGGGCUUUGAUGUAUACGAAACAUACUCAGAGACCCAGGAAGACCAGCCAAAUGAUUGGAUGGAUGAACAGGCAUUGCCUGCCCAUGAUCAGCCACACCUCCAGCUGUAUGAAGUGACGCCAAACUACAUCUAUAUACCAAGUGCUGCAUGUCGGGCCAAGGCCUUGCUUCCCAAUACCAAAUUCGUGGCUGUUUUAAGAGACCCUGCAGAUCGUGCAUACUCACAGUUCACGAUGUUUCGCAGCCUGCAGUGCCCAAAGUAUAUGAGGGCCUCCAAGCCAUUCAUAUGCCCAUACCAGUGGCUGCGUUUCUAUGACGUUGUUCAAGAGGGAAUAGCAUUGCUGGGGGUCAGGAAUUGCACCUUCAACACAGGUAGCCCUGUCAGGUCAUGGAACGACUGCUUUGGUUGUCUGAUCAAUGACCACACCGUCACAGAAUAUUGCCAUGGGCGUUGGUACUUGUUCAACGAUGGGCCAACCAAACAGCGGUGCCAUGACUUUGCAUCGGACAUAAUAUCCAGGGGGCUGUAUGCCGCACAGAUUGCCUGGUGGUUUCAGCAAUUUCCUCCAGAGCAAUUCUUGUUCAUAAGCUCAGAUGAUCUGUUUGAGGACCCUGUGAGAGAGCUGAACAGGGUGGCGGACUUCAUUGGACUGGAGGCGCCCUUCACGUCGAACAUGCUGGAGACAGCGCAGAAGGUGUACCAAAACAAAGGAAAGUACAGGAAGUUCCACGACACGUUGGUGGAGGAGUCCAAGGCAAUCCUGAGGGAAUUCUACUCCCAGCCAAACGAGGACCUGUACGAAUUGUUGAGGAUCAACGGCCACUACUUCAGGAGGUUCGACGAGGGAAGGGGUUCGACCAGUGGGGCUCAGCUGGAGGAUAUCGUCGAUGUGCUGAUGUAG